AUGACUGGGAACACAACCAGAACAGUUGCUGAAUCGUCGUUCCGGGCGCUGGGCAAGCCGGAAACUCGCGGACUGCGCCUACUUGAUGAACCAAAUACAGCGCAGCGACUUGAAGAUGCUCCUGACUUGGAAUCACCAUCAGAGACAGUUAUUCACCCUGAUACCUCUGAAGUGAAAACUUUAUUUCUGCAUCCAAAGCCAUCCUGUUCUGAGCCCAAAUCAGCGUCAACAUCCACUGUGACGGAGAAGACCAUUGGGAUGAUGUGGCCGCCUCGAGCUCUUUGGUUAAACGUCAAUGAAAACCCUGCGAAGAACUGGUCCAUUUACGACAGUUUCAAUGAGUCUUUCAACGAAAUAGACUAUCCUGAAUUUGAGGAUUCCGCUAUCAACCAGCAGCAAGUACCACUGUCGAAAGAGAAAGCAUAUGAGGAACUUUGGUUUGGUAUUCAGCAUGGUGCACAAGCAUUUAAAAGUUAUCCGCCCUCCCAGACUCUGGAUCUUUGUUCGAUUCCUACUGAUGACCUUGACGAAGGGUCCCUCAGUCACAAUGUGAAAGAGAGCACCCCUUCCCCAAUAGAAACAAACCAAACAGCACACCCUGGUCCUUUUUAUCAAACCAGGCCGGUUAAGAAGACAGAACAACUGGAAACUACGGAAAACAUGGUUUCCUAUCUUCCCAAGGAAGCACAGUGUGAUCGUUUGGCAGUGUGUAAAAAACUAGACUCGGAUGGCCAUUUAGACGUCUUCUCAGAGGACUCAGUGACGCGAAAUUCCCUCCGCAGAUCGCCGAGUCCCACUGAUCUAGAGGUUGUAGCAGAAACUGAACUCCCGCGCGUGAGCUGUAGCACGUCCGACGAAGAUACUUGCACAACUGAAACAUACAUUGUUGCUGGUAGACAACCUGGUACAGAAGAGUCAGGAUUACGUGAAUCAGACGACACAAGAAAUAAAACAGACUUUCAGUUUUUCCAGUCAGACUUAGGAGAACUUAGAGGUCCACAAAACCGAAGGGAUAGGCAAUUUGAUGAAUCCGACAACGAGUGGGCUAGAGUAGAGUUCGAAGCGUUUUACAACCCUGAUUUUCAGUAUACGGUUGGCGGUUCAACCGGUGUGAAUUUGUCUUCUUUUGGACAAGUUUCCUGCUCUCAGCCAGGAGAUGCCAAUCAAUAUGUCACGCAGCAAAGCAUUACUACCAGUCCCGAGAUAAUUUAUCCGGGACUGGAUACCUAUGAACGAUGGAUAAGCGACAUAUCUCAGUUCAGUUACCCCGUGGAAGCCGUUUCAGGACAAACUGCUCUCACUGGUGUACCCGGCAUUGUUGGGUUACGAAGAUGUCCACAUUUUGAAAAUAUCAGUGGUUUAACAGAGGCAACGGUUGUUGACAAAGAAUCCGAGGUGUUGCCCACUCAAGGAGAGACAGAAGCGCAGGAACUGUUGGCGAAUUCGAAAGAAGACACAGAAGAGUUCACAGCAAACGAGGAAAGGCCUACUCGUGUAUGGUUUCGUGACGCUCAUCUACAAGUUGAGAACCCAUCAACCACGGAGAAACCCAACUUCUCCAUGACAUUACGGCAGGAAGAUGAACUAUGGGCCGCUCUUUUCAACCCAUCGGAGUCUCUUGUCGAAUCAGCGAAAGAAGUCUCGGCGCAGCUAGAUUUGUUGUCAUUUGGAGGGGAAGAAGACUUCCAGGUCCAGACUUCAAGGUCUGCCGACCUUCUUCCGAUCCCUCCUGAAGAAACACCGGUAAAGACAUCAUCAGACAUCAUCCCACCCAAUUGUGCACUGAUGAUGUCUCCUCGUUUGGUAACGAAACGUUUGCAAGUCACUUGCGAAGCUCGGCGAACAGAUCAACAGCCACCUGAUCAACAACCGGUAUUGGCCUAUACCAGUUUUCUACCACCUAGCUUGUGUCCGUUUAUUCCUCAGGUUACACACUCAACUGGUACUUCUUCCCCGGAUUCGCGUCAAAACACCACUCACUUCUCGUCGGUGCUUCGUGCUUCAGCAUCCGAGGAUCAAAUUUCCGAGAUACCUGUUACUCUUAAAACCGAUGUACCACGCCAAAAAUAUCAAACACCUUCAAGGACUGUUUCCGAAUCUCUCCACUCCUGGUUAUGCGAUCAGGCCUACAUUAAUUCUUCCAUCUUUUCCGGAAACGCGGAAUUCGGGCGACAAGAAUCCGGUGGACCAUUGCGACCGACAUCGUCUCCUCCAAAUAAGCAAUUAGACUUGCUUUCCUAUGAGCCCCAUCUAGAACAACAUCUCGAGUUUAGAAAUGAAACUGCGCAGACCACGGAUCAUUCAGCUAACAGUGACAAUCGCUCGACUGCAUCAGGAAGUCCAGAUGGGACAGGCGAUUAUCGGGAAGCGCUAAACUCUGCUAGGAUAGAUGAUGAUCAAAGUGUGUUAGCUCAGACGGGAAAUCGAAGCAUUUCAGGCUGUGGGAUUGACCGACCAAAAGGCGCGAGAGAGACACACGUGAUACAGCAACAUGCCAACACGCCAAACGGAUUGGCCAGAUGGGAGGGACGAAAAUUACCACACUUGCCCAGUAGCUACGUGGGUGGGGUUGGUCCCGACGAUCAGACAGACCUAUGGGAGGAACACAAGUCUGAGGAAUUUGGGCAAGAUGCCAAGCCAGUGAGCAGCACAUCAACUACAGUGGCCGAUGUGGACCAAUCGAUUGGAAGUUUCGUUUUCUCUAUUGGUCCAGGCCAGGCCGGUGAUGAAUACCGCGCAAACAGUAGGGGAAAUAAAAACAAAUACGUUCUGUUAGAUUCCGAAAGCAAACCAAGUUACGUUCUGCGUGAAGUUUUUCCUCAUUCUCCGAAGAACUCAAUAGAGUCGGAAAUUGUGUGUACUCAUCUGCAACAGUCUUGUGAGAAAUUACAUCCUACAAAAACACCUGUUCUAGUUGAGGAAGUUGAUUCGAAGGACAUAAACACAAGUUCGGCACUUAUUCUACCUCAGCAGCAAGUCACCCCCUCCGAAGACACAGAUACAUAUACCACACCGAAAAACGUUUCCAUUUGUAAAAAGGAUAGCUGUACUGAAACUUCAGAAACUGCAUACACCUUUGCACAAGACGCUACAAGUCAUUCACCCCAACGGUCUUCUAAAAAACGAGACCUAGUUUCCGUGAGAUCAAGAAAACGAGAUUCUACUCACAAAUACUUUGCACUUACUGAAUGGAUUCCAUCGAAUUCAUCCGGUUCUUCUUCCGUCACACUAGCUUUCCCACUAGAUCACGGUUUGCAGAUUGCGCGGAAUACAUUAGUUUCCCAAAGUGCAUACAGUUCUGAGGACAUAGACAGUUUUCUUACAUUUUUGGAAAGUCCGAUUGAUGCACUUCCCCAAAGACCAGAAUUAUUACAGUCUGGAUUAUUUCCGUACACAAGUUGUUGUGCUCCAUGGAGACCAUGUCCCUUGGCAGAGUUGUUUCCAUAUCCACCAAGUGAUACCGAUAGAGAUCUUGUGAUUACAACAGAACCUGUGAACAUACAAAGCAUACCAGAAGCCACCCAAUACGUAACGAAACGUACAUUCAAGAACACCUACGAAAAAGUUGUAAUUUAUGAAAGGUCCCAGGCGAAUCUGAGUCCUCGCGUAAAUUUCCUUGAGCGCAUCCAAGAAGAAACCGUCCUAACCUCUGAAGAGGAUAGUGUUGUUCAACAAAAAACACCGGAACGUAAGGUGAUGUCUUCGUCUUCGAGUUCUCGUGGAUCGUAUCCUUCAAAGCGGAGGAGGCCACGGUCCCACUCCUAUACACAAGAUGUAUUGCGUUUCGGUGAAGACCCGAAAUCUCUUCAGCGGGCUGGUAUAUUACAUAGGUAUACGAAUAAUCCUCGACUGGUUGGACAGGAAUACCUGAACCGCCGUUCCUUCCACGAUGUUCGUGUUGGAUACAGUAAUGCUGCUACGCUGAGGGAUGACGUGGAUAUGGACAGGCUGGCAGCAGUGGGUCAUUCACUACGCAGGUAUGCUAUGGGUAGCCGAAAAGUGACUGGUAGCCUGGACUACGAUCUCGAUGGAUUUGAAGAUGAAUACCAAUAUCAGCCCGCACAAGCUUUGCAAUCCAGAACACUUCACAAACCUUCAAAACACGGACAGAACCAGAGACUAAUAUCUCGCUACUUUGCCGGGCGAGACGCAGUGCGAUUUCCAAAGUUGUUUUCUGACUUGGACGAACUCAACAUAAAUAGAAAAUGGCGCAUGCGAGACUACCCUAUUACACCGAGACCUAUUGAUGGCACUAAUGUCAACUUCUCGGAUGAAACGGAUCUCAAUGAAAGAAGAUCCUAUCGGUCGUUACCACCAUCGGAGCCUGUGUCGAGAAGAGCCAAACGUCCCAAUGGAUAUUCCAGUUUCCGUCGAUUUACGACACCAACAAUGGAUAUGACACAUACGGGAUUGCUAAAAAGACCAUCUUCCUUGAUGUCUGGGCGAUUUCAUGGUCCAGAAGGUAGUUCAACCGCUCUACAGCUAUCAAAAUCAACUGAGCAUUUGUAUCCAGGUGGGAUAUUCAGGUUCGGUUCCGGAGAUACGUCAAUGCAAACUUUGCGAGCAAGAUUAGCUGCCGCACAUUCUGAGUCGCACUUGGAUACUUCCAUAGAUGACUCGCAGCUUAUGACCGAUGAGUAUAACUAUGAAAACCACUAUGGUUCACUCGAUCGGCGAACAACUACGGAUACCUUAACAGCACAACAGCUACGCCGACAAGUCGAAAGACAACACCGUCAGUUGUUGGAGAGUUUGUUAAAAGAGCCGCAGUGGUCACCACCACUACCCAAUUUUGAUUUGACACCCACGGCUAUUUUAUCAUCACAGCCCGCAGGACCUCAAGUGACCAUACCCGUUUCUGAAGUUUGCCAAACGAUACAUCACGGGUCGUUGAUUAGUUCGACAAUGGCACCUCCGAUUUUUUCCACUGCUACAGUUCGGACUUCGACGGACGGGGCAUUAGGAUGGGCAGUGGAUACAUCACAUGUCACAACCGCUGUUCCGGUCAAUCAGGCACUUAGCAUCGGUACCAUGAACCUGACCGCCUCACCUCCUGCAACACAGGCUUUGCAGUACCAGAAUGCACUCAUGGAUAAUAACCCGCUUUUCCAGAAGCUAGGGGAACUGCCUAGUCAACAAAGCGAGGUUAUCCAAGCUCAAACAGAUGCAACCUCUAAUAUACUGCAGUUGCUUAAAAAUUCAGACCUGCUUCAAGCUAUCACAAACGAUCCGGAAUUAGCUUCCCAACUGUCCUCUUUGGGACUGAAUUUCAGUUUGCCUGAUGCCAAUCAGGUGACUUUAGCUGCAAUGGCCGGGGCAAUGGCAGCUACCGCGAUAGCCAAUGCUGGUCUUAUUGACGGUACCGAGUUCAGCGGACAACCCUCAACAUGGCCUGAUCAAAUUCAAUCAAGCGAAGAUCCCUUGCUUGGGCCUCCCGGACAAGAUGAACAGUGUCGGCCCGACUUAAUGAGAAAUACAUAUUUCCGCUCUGGUCUACCACCAUACGCAAUCUCCAACGAGGAAGAGAUUCGAUUGGAACGUCUACUCAAACAGCUGAACACAUCCCUCAGUUUGGAAUCAGAACAUAAUGGCUUUCAAAAGCACACAUCACUCCAGGCUAACCGGUCAAGGCCAGAUGAAUUUCAACUUCCGCACAAUAGCAUGGAUUCCCAAGUUGAAGCUCAGAAUCUAUAUGCUCGACCGAACCAACGAGUAUCGCAACAGAAAGAUGAUGGUUUGCAGUUCACGAUGGGACCGAGUCAAACUAUUGACAAGUGGCUAAUGCCCGGUAUGGAAAGGGAAGAACAGUAUCAACUUGUCAAUGGUACAGCCGCAGAAGAACGCCUCAUAACUCCAAUGGACUGGCCAAAGUUCACAUCAACACAGAAACAGAAACCCACCCCGAACAGAAUCGAUACUAAGCGAACUUACGACUUUCCAACAAAGAGGCUUCUGCUCAUGCGGGAUUCGAAGGAUCGAUACCAACGCGAAAAUGGAAUAGGGAUGAGGAUUGUUGGUGGACAUAUUCGAUCUGAUGGGCGUUUGGGUGCUUUUGUGGAAGAGAUAGAUCCAAGAGGGCCAGUCGAUCAGCUACAUGGAGAAAUCCGUGAGGGUGAUGAAAUUCUGGAGUGGAACUCCAUACCACUUGUAGACAAAACAUUUGAGGAGGUGCAAGCCAUCAUCAACCAAGUUACGGAAGAGACGGAGUUUCUCGUAAGAGCACGCAAAGACGAGCCUCAGAUUACCUCCAGGCAGCCAUGGGAGCGUUCCUUUCCUGAGGAUGAUGCAAGAAAUGAAAACAAACAUAUGAUGCAACGUGUAGAUGCAUUGUGCCACCACCAUGCUGCUCAACAGGCAUUGAUGGGUAUGCAGCAACGCCCAACCUGUCCUCAUAUGCAAACACACUUCCAAGCACUACCACCCAUAGAACAAUGUGUCCACUCUCAUACGGCAAGUACUACGGCGCAACAGUCACGAGGUCAAUGCAGUUCCUCCACUGGUUCUGAAUCUGCCCACUCUUCAGAGCGAAAGUCAUCGGGGCGACAGCCGGUAUCCAUCACUGUGACCGAAGUGACAAGUCGCCCGGAAAGCGAAUUGUAUAAACAAAACAGUUUUGAGUCGCAACGGACCUCAACACAUGAGAGAACAAUGUCUCCCACGGUUGAUGGAAGAGGCCAAGAAGAAUUGCAGUCACCAACAAGCAGUCGCUCCCCGACGGAACGUAAAAAGGGACGACUCGGUUCACUUACGAACAGGGACGACAAAACCGAGGACAUUCCAGAAGAAUUCGGAGAAAUCGAGCUGAUUCUAACAUUUGAUGAUUUCGACCAAAGUUUGACUGUGCAUGUGUCACGCGCACGUGGCUUACCUCCGAUGGAUCUCAACGGUCUGGCUGAUCCGUUUGUGAAGGUUCGACUCCAUCCGGACCCAACAGAAGAUCCGGAUUUCAAUCGACAAACCAAGUAUAUGCCGAAUACACUCACUCCAGAAUGGCAACAAACUGUCGUUUUUAUGAACUGUUUCAAACGAACUCUGAAGCGUCGCGUUCUGGAGGUGACAGUUUGGGAUUUCGACAGACUGAAGACCAAUGAUUUUAUGGGCCAAGCGUUAAUCAAUCUUGGUGACAAGCAGCUUCUGGACGGUCGACCCCAUUGGUACCCGUUGCAUAAAAUGGAACCGGUCAUCCUUCCCAGCGCAAAGAAAACACCGCCUUCAUCACGAACAGUUCCAGUUGAUACUGCCAAGCUGUCACGAACUCAACGGGAAACGAUCGAUAGAAGAAGCAUGGGGAUUAAGGAACAUCCAAAAGAUUAUUCAACAUCUCACCGAUGAAGAAAACGUUAUGUAACUUACUUAUCUCUCAUACUUCGUUGCAAAAGCAACGCCCCAACUUAUCUCACCCUUACAAGACGUGCUUUCCCUAUGCUACCUCCGUUAUACACCGACCCUUUCACGGCCUUUCUGAUGAAAGGAACAAUCAACCAAG